AUGGGCAAUCAAUUUUUGAUGAAUGAUGGGACCUACUCAGAAUAUUUUAUAUUAAAUAUAAGAGAAUCAAGGUGUGUGACUAAAAGACUUAAGAACACUUGGCAUAUACUUUCAACUGCUGACUGCAAAAGUUAUUGUGAUUAA